CGCAGUCUCCGUUUCAGCCACUUCCGGAGGUUAGGCUCCUCAAACUUCCCUCCAGAAGCAAGCUCCUACAACCUGUAGCGUGCGGAUCCGCAGCCGAUUCCCAGAACACGAAGGGAGAAAAAAAACGCUUCCAGUGACCCCCUCAGAACGCGAAUAGUUUCACGGGCUUUUUUGGCGGCCGCUAAUUGGGGCGCUUUUCCUUAGCGAACUUCCUUCUCUUAAAGACUGAGCGGAAAAUAAAGCGCGCACGCAACCUAAUUUCCGGAGGACCGAGAUUGCGACGAACAACCAGGAAGCGGCUGGAUUGGGAGCUGUCCCCGGUUCUCCGUUCUGCUCUCGUGGGCACCUCGCGGGGUUCCUAAGCCGCGGCCCGCCACCGCGCUGCCCCUUGAGGCUCCUGCCCUGACCUCGGCUUUGGCCUGGGUCACUCGUUCCGGAGCCGCUAUGUCGUCCGACUUCGAAGGUUAUGAGCAGGACUUCGCGGUGCUCACUGCAGAGAUCACGAGCAAGAUUGCGAGGGUCCCACGACUCCCGCCUGGUGAGAGUCCUGCUCGGCUGGGCUAGGGUGCUGGGGAGAGCGCAGAGGGUGCGGACAGUGGAACACCGCCCGAGCAAGUGUGUCUGUGAGGCGCGAGGCUGGAGUGAUGAAAAGAAACAGAUGGUUGCAAAUGUGGAGAAACAGCUUGAAGAAGCAAAAGAACUGCUUGAACAGAUGGAUUUGGAAGUACGAGAGAUACCGCCCCAAAGUCGAGGGAUGUACAACAACAGAAUGAGAAGCUACAAACAAGAAAUGGGAAAACUGGAAACAGAUUUUAAAAGGUCACGGAUCGCCUACAGUGACGAAGUACGGAAUGAGCUCCUGGGGGAUGAUGGGAAUUCCUCAGAGAACCAGAGGGCACAUCUGCUCGAUAACACAGAGAGGCUGGAAAGGUCAUCUCGGAGACUAGAGGCUGGAUACCAAAUAGCAGUGGAAACCGAGCAAAUUGGUCAGGAGAUGUUGGAAAACCUUAGUCAUGACAGAGAAAAGAUACAGCGAGCACGUGAAAGACUUCGGGAAACAGAUGCUAAUUUGGGAAAAAGCUCCAGGAUUCUGACGGGGAUGUUGCGAAGAAUCAUCCAGAACCGCAUCCUGCUCGUCAUCCUAGGGAUCAUCGUGGUCAUCACCAUCCUGAUGGCGAUCACUUUUUCUGUCAGAAGACACUGAUGUAUCUGCUCUCCCUUGAUAAACAGCAACAACGGCUUGUUCUGAGUAAUUAAGACAAAAUGGUCACAUGAAUCAUUCUCUUGCGCUGACAGGCCCCGGGUGACCCUCUCUCCCUCACCACCGUUGGGCUGAAGUGCAAAGAGUGUAAAAAUAUUUUCUAUUCCUGUUUGCAUGUGGUUUCCUUUUCGAGGUUUGUCUUCACCCAGAUUCGUUUUUUAGAGGGGAAGGUGAAUGUUUAUUUGCCUUUUGGUAAUGUCGUCAACUAGCCAAAAUAGCCCAGAUGACACUCCUCCUGGCCCUUUGGACGUGUCAAGGGCCAUGGUUUGGGAGAGGGCGUGAUGAGUCAGUCAUGGGAGCUUCUGUUUGUCACACGCCUCUUGUCGCUGAAAAGCUCUUCUGUGAUGUCCGAGGAUAAAAAUGCAGCGAAAAGAAAAAAUGGGGGAAAAAGGGGGGUGGAAGGAGUCAGUGACCCAGUCCAGCAAGGCAGCCCUGUUCCCCCACAGGCUUCAUAAAUAUGGUCCUCAACCUGCCUGAGUGCUUUCAUUGUCGGUAUUUAAUGUCAGCUGUACAAGAAAUUGACUUAGCACUUUGCCUGUUUUUCUAUUGUAUAAGUUUGUUUUAUUUUUUUUUUUAACCCAAGAAUAUUUUUGCUGAGCCUGCCCAGUAUUCACUGUUCACAACUUUGAUUACGGGCUAAAAGAAAUAUCUCUUUGCCUUCCCCAAAUCCCAUACUCCCUAGAAUCUGCUGGCAAAGUGAGCCCUGGCACGGGAUUUAAUUGUGACCUCGUCUUCCCUGACCUGUGUAAGCAUCUCUGUAUCCUUUCGGUUCUAAUAUCUGCACUGCCAAAAGCAGUCCUCAUACAUGCAAAAGGUCUGACAAGGUUCUCCCCACAUCCAUUCCAGUAUGUAAAGAGACCAUGAAUAUUUCAGUAAGAGCAAGAACAUGACUCCAUCAGUGUGAAAUUUCAAAUGUGAUUAUCAAUAUGGGAGAGUCCUACAGGAAGAUCCACCAGAGUUAAACUUUAUGGAAAACGUUCACUAACCUCCUUUAAAAAAAAAUAGAGGAUGGCAGAUUCUUACAAAAGGAACGGCUUGGGUUUUUUUGUUUUUGUUUUUGUUUUUGUUUUUUUUAACUAACAAAUGUUAGCAAGGCUUUCCUGAAUUCCCUAUGUAUUCAAACUUCUAAUACGCUUUGUGAUUUUUCUUUUCAUUUCUUUCUGUCUGAGGUGACCAGGAAUUCCGUUCAAAAUGAGCUCAUUUGUGAUCAGGCUUAAAAGUUGCCCAAGCUGAGGUCAUUCCCCCCCAGUCACAAAACAAAAUGUGUUUUUCUCAAGACUUCAUAGGCACUUACUGGUCCGUACUGUCUUUUGAAUGUAAUUAGAAGCUUUGGAUCCUUGAAAAACAAACCUGUUCUCUUCAUCAAAAAUGCUAACCACCUGUGCCCAUGAAGCAAGAUCACCUGGAUGUAGUGCUUUCUAUUUUUCCCAGCCCAGAAGAAAACCAUUAUGGUUUAGAGAGGAAACGCAGAAUGACAGAAUCCACCGGAGAAAUUGUACUUAUCGAAACAGGCCAAGGCCUGCAUGUGUUCAGAUAAAUCAUUUAGUAUUGUGUAAAUAAAGCUGCAGCCUUUCUCUUCGGAGGGAUGGUGUGGGAUUUUGGCCUGGGGAAGCAGGACCGAGAAGGAGCAGGAAGCUAUGCUAAUUUUCCUGUCGGCAUAAGGGAUCCGUCUCAGCAAGAAUCUUGUAUUCUGAUAACGGAAUGCUGUACAUGCUAACCACAUCUAAGAGCCAUUAAAAAGCAAGGAAACAAACAAACAACCCUUUUCUCAUUCUGACACACGAAUAGUCGUUGAGCAUUAUGCCAGCCUCUCUGGUGGCUUCCUUCGAAGCUGUUGAUCUUAGCUAUAAGUGUAUAACCAGUUUCCAAGCGGAACUUCCCACCGCCACCCCGUCUACGAGGCGGCAGAGUCUUCCCAAGGCCACCUAGCAAAGCAAGGUUGAUCGGAUCAUCUAAACGUGCCAGCUCCCAAAUAUUUCACUGAAUGCUGGCGUUCGUGUUGACGUAGACGAAAUGAGGGCGGAGGAGAGCAUCGCUCAGCUCUCAAUAGCUCUUUUCGGUCAAGUUCUAUGUCUCUAUCAGCUCUUGCCUGUGAUUUGGCCCCAGUUCAACCUUGAGAGUGGGAAGAAUAUGAUCAGAUAACCCUUGGCCUAACAGCUCCAUCAAACCUCCUUGAGAGCAACCUCCUAGGCCAGGCUAGCCAGCGCUUUGUGAGGAAGCUGGUCACAAGGUUCCCUCAGCUUCUUCCUGGUCCUCCUGGAUGCUGCAGAAAAGACUUAGGGGAGCCCCAGCAGAGGCCACUUGCUCUCCCUGCUUCCCUGCCCCACCAGGAAAGGAAGAACAUCCACAAACUUGAAGCAGAUAGUGAAGUUGAUCUGUGAGAGGUUCUAGACGCUUAGUGUGUAGACCUCCAUUGAUAAGGGAAUCUCUCUCAAGUUGCAGCCCUUGUUUAAAAUGAUGUUUAAUGGAGUUGGGUGGGGGGAGGAAGAUGAAGAUGAAGACAUGGAGGAGGAAGAAGAGAAGGAAGCCCUUGCCAUAUAAAAUUCAUGCAGACUAAAGAGUUUCCCUGACAGAAUAAAUAAAGUGGAUGCUACCCCACUCCAGAAUCAAAAGCAAUUUAAUUAAAGUCUCUUAAGUUGUAAAGAGUUUUAAAUGUUCCAUGUCGAAGGCGAAUGCCAGCAAAUGCAGCGGCCUUGACGUCAGCUGCCGGGCCUGGGCUGGGAGGCCAUUUGCUAUUCUGUUUAAGGCAGGCUGGAUUGUCUUAUUUUGGAACCAGCUUGGUGGGGGGUUUGCUUUGCUACUGCUUCUGAGCCCUGAGCUUCAAAGGCUGAAAUUAAUGGUGAACAAAAUUGUGCGGCUCUGGCCAUCCCAUGCGGGGCAAGCCCAUGGAGGGUUAUCAUUAAGUAAAGAAAUAAAGAGGGGGAAAAAAGCCUGCCUGUUCCAAAAACCUCAUCUGAUAAUGACCUCAGUGAUUGGGUUUUCAUUACCAAACAGCAUCCAGAGAUUAUCAACCCGUAGAAGAAGGGAGGGAGAAAAAAAAAAAGAAAGAAAGGAAAAGCAACUGUCUUUCUCUUCCUUUCUCCUUUUUUUUUUUUUUUUUUUUUUGCACAUCUUUUCUUUAAAACUGUCAGAUCAUUUCAGUAUUUCAAAUCCGAGGAAAACAGCCUGCCUGCUGCUGUAUUUGAAGUUGUAAUGGUGUCAAAAAGUCACGACUGACUGACAGCCGUCAGUCCCAGAGGGGCUCAUUAAAUCAUAAAAACUUGACAAGGAAAUAAUUGCGCAUUGCCAGCAACUUGGCGCCUGUUUAGACGUUUUUAUUUUCUUUCAUUAUUAGUCCCCACCAUUACGUUCAUUAACAAAUUGCAUUAAACAACUGUUAAGGGCUAA